CUCUUAGUGUAAGGCAGAUGUCCCUUUAAGGUUUGCUUUGCUGCUGCCCGUGGACUUUAGCCUAAACACCAUCCCGCGAAGUUGGCUUUAUUUGUCCAUGUCUCGGAUAGAGCCUGGGAGGCUGCCAGUGAGAUUUCAGAGAACCAGCGCGCUAAGGGGCGGGAGAUGUGGCAAUCGGUCUGGGAUGUGAAAAGCGUGGAGCGGACUUAGAGGCAUUCGACCAAAACACAGGAAAUCGCUCCUCGGCGACUCUUCGGCGCUGCAGCCGCUGGGGCCACCACUGGACACCCGCAGAGACCGCCCAAGUGACCCAGAGUGCAAGGCACCAGCGACCGGUCCUGCCAGCUCCUGCCAGCUCCUGCCCUGGAACCAGCACGUCAAGGGUACUGCGGCGACUCCAGCCAUGGUCCCCAGGCGCCCUGCCAGCCUAGAGGUCACUGUAGCCUGCUGCUGGCUCCUCACCGUUAUUCUAGGCUUCUGCACUUCCUUCAACGUUGAUGUGAAAAACUCAAUGAGUUUCAGUGGCCCAGUGGAGGACAUGUUUGGAUACACCGUUCAACAAUACGAAAAUGAAGAAGGAAAAUGGGUUCUUAUUGGUUCUCCUCUAGUUGGUCAACCCAAAGCAAGAACCGGAGAUGUCUAUAAGUGCCCAGUUGGGAGAGAAAGAUCAAUGCCUUGUGUGAAGUUGGAUUUACCAGUGAACACGUCAAUCCCCAACGUCACGGAAAUAAAAGAAAAUAUGACAUUCGGAUCAACUUUAGUCACCAACCCAAACGGAGGAUUUCUGGCAUGUGGACCUUUGUACGCCUACAGAUGUGGACAUCUGCAUUAUACAACUGGAAUCUGUUCUGAUGUCAGCCCUACAUUUCAAGUUGUGAACUCCUUUGCACCUGUGCAAGAAUGCAGCACUCAGCUGGACAUAGUCAUUGUCCUAGACGGCUCCAACAGCAUCUACCCCUGGGAGAGUGUGACCGCUUUCUUAAAUGACCUUCUUAAGAGGAUGGAUAUUGGCCCCAAACAGACGCAGGUUGGAAUUGUGCAGUAUGGAGAAAAUGUAACUCAUGAGUUCAACCUCAAUAAGUACUCAUCAACAGAAGAGGUACUUGUUGCAGCAAACAAAAUAGGCCGGAGAGGUGGCCUCCAAACGAUGACAGCCCUUGGGAUUGACACAGCCAGGAAAGAGGCUUUCACUGAAGCUCGGGGUGCCAGGAGGGGCGUUAAAAAGGUCAUGGUCAUAGUGACUGAUGGAGAAUCACAUGACAACUACCGACUAAAGCAGGUCAUCCAGGACUGUGAGGAUGAGAACAUUCAGCGAUUUUCCAUAGCUAUCCUUGGCCACUAUAACCGAGGGAAUUUAAGCACUGAGAAAUUCGUGGAGGAAAUAAAAUCUAUCGCAAGCGAGCCCACUGAAAAGCACUUCUUCAAUGUCUCAGAUGAGUUGGCCCUGGUCACCAUUGUCAAAGCUCUGGGGGAAAGGAUAUUUGCCUUGGAAGCUACAGCUGACCAGUCAGCAGCUUCAUUCGAGAUGGAAAUGUCUCAGACUGGCUUCAGCGCUCAUUAUUCACAGGACUGGGUCAUGCUUGGAGCAGUGGGAGCCUAUGACUGGAACGGAACGGUAGUCAUGCAGAAGGCUAACCAGAUUGUCAUCCCUCAGAACACCACCUUUCAAACUGAGCCCACCAAAAUGAACGAACCUCUUGCUUCUUAUUUAGGUUACACAGUGAACUCUGCCACGCUCCCUGGAGACGUGCUCUACAUCGCUGGACAGCCUCGGUACAAUCACACGGGCCAGGUCGUCAUCUACAAGAUGGAGGAUGGGAACGUCAAAAUUCUCCAGACACUCAGGGGAGAGCAGAUCGGCUCCUACUUUGGUAGCGUCUUGACAACGAUUGACAUUGACAAAGAUUCUUAUACUGACCUGCUGCUCGUCGGGGCUCCCAUGUACAUGGGGACAGAGAAAGAGGAACAGGGCAAAGUGUAUGUCUACGCUGUGAACCAGACAAGGUUUGAAUAUCAAAUGAGCCUGGAACCAAUUAAGCAGACGUGCUGUUCAUCUCUGAAGGAUAAUUCAUGCACAAAAGAAAACAAGAACGAGCCCUGCGGGGCCCGGUUUGGAACAGCAAUUGCUGCUGUAAAAGACCUCAAUGUGGAUGGGUUUAAUGACGUGGUGAUCGGAGCUCCACUGGAGGACGACCACGCAGGAGCUGUGUACAUCUAUCACGGCAGUGACAAGACCAUAAGGAAGGACUAUGCACAACGUAUUCCAUCAGGUGGGGAUGGCAAGACACUGAAAUUUUUUGGCCAGUCUAUCCAUGGAGAGAUGGAUUUAAAUGGUGAUGGUUUGACUGAUGUGACCAUCGGAGGCCUUGGUGGAGCUGCCCUCUUCUGGGCCAGGGAUGUGGCUGUAGUUAAAGUGACCAUGAGUUUUGAACCCAACAAAGUGAAUAUUCAAAAGAAAAACUGCCGCAUGGAGGGAAAAGAAACAGUAUGCAUAAACGCUACAAUAUGUUUUUAUGCGAAAUUAAAGUCUAAAGAAGACUCGGAUUACGAAGCUGAUUUGCAGUACCGCGUCACCCUCGACUCCCUAAGACAGAUAUCCCGGAGUUUUUUCUCUGGAACUCAGGAAAGAAAGAUUCAAAGAAACAUCACGGUUCGGGAAUCAGAAUGCACUAGGCACUCCUUCUACAUGUUGGAUAAGCAUGACUUCCAGGACUCCGUGAGAGUGACUUUGGAUUUUAAUCUUACCGACCCAGAAAACGGACCCGUGCUGGAUGAUGCUCUGCCAAACUCAGUCCACGAACACAUUCCCUUUGCGAAAGACUGUGGAAACAAGGAAAAAUGCAUCUCAGACCUCAGCCUGGACGUGUCCACCACAGAAGCCAGCCUGCUGAUUGUCAGGUCCCAGAAUGACAAGUUCAAUCUCAGUCUCACAGUGAGGAACAAAAGAGACAGUGCCUACAACACCAGGACAAUAGUGCGGCAUUCCCCGAAUCUGAUUUUUUCAGGAAUUGAGGGGAUCCAAAAGGAUAGUUGUGAGUCCAAUCGAAAUAUCACAUGCAGAGUGGGCUAUCCUUUCCUGAGGACAGGAGAAACGGUAACCUUCAAAAUAAUAUUCCAGUUUAAUACAUCACAUCUCACCGAAAAUGCUGUCAUUCAUUUAAGUGCAACAAGUGACAGCGAAGAACCACCCGAAUCUCUUUAUGAUAAUGAAGUAAAUAUUUCCAUCCCAGUAAAAUAUGAAGUCGGACUACAGUUUCACAGUUCUGCGAGUGAACACCACAUCUCGAUUGCGGCCAAUGAGACGCUCCCUGAGCUUAUUAAUUCCACUGCUGACAUUGGAAAUGAAAUUAAUGUCUUCUACAUGAUCAGAAAAAGGGGCCAUUUCCCAAUGCCAGAACUUCAGCUGUCAAUCUCAUUCCCCAACCUGACAUCAGAUGGUUAUCCUGUACUAUACCCAACUGGAUGGUCGUCUUCAGAUAAUGUGAACUGCAAACCCCGGAGCCUUGAGGAUCCUUUUGGUAUCAACUCUGGGAAAAAAAUGGCAAUAUCAAAGUCCGAAGAUCUCAAAAGAGGCACAAUCCAGGAUUGCAGCACCUGUAAGCUGGCCACCAUCACGUGCCAUCUCAUCCCUUCUGACGUGAGUCAAGUGAACGUAUCAUUCAUCCUGUGGAAACCAACGUUCAUAAAAACACAUUUCUCCAGCUUCAAUCUCACUGUAAAGGGAGAACUUCAGAGUCAAAACACAUCGCUGGUUUUAAGCAGCAGCAGCCAGAAGCGAGAGCUGGCUAUUCAAAUAUCCAAAGAUGGACUCCCGGGCCAAGUGCCUCUGUGGGUCAUCCUCCUGAGCGCCUUCGCUGGACUACUGCUCUUGAUGCUGCUGAUACUAGCACUGUGGAAGAUUGGAUUCUUCAAAAGGCCGCUAAAGAAGAAAAUGGAGAAAUGAAAUAUUUUACAGGAGAAAAAAAGAGGACAGUAACGAUUUAUUCAAUGAUCUAUUCUCAGGUUUGCCUCAAUCAUGUGAGAAGAAAUUCAGAAAUAUAACCAAAGACAUGGUCACACGACUAUAUGUCAUUCAUCAUCCAGCUGCUGGGAUUACUCCCUUGGGAAAGUGACAGAUCAAGUAUGAUCCAAAAAGGGUACCCAAAGAUAUGUUUUAGAAAGUGAUGAGAAAUACUUUUAAUAAUUGCUCAUUUUUGUUGAGUAAGUGAAAUGACAAAGGGUUUUAAAGAAGAAUCCUCAGUCUACGUAUGUUUAUGUGUUUAGAUGCCACGCGGAGCAUUCAAGGGAUGCAUGAAAAUAGCUUUGUGUUCACCGAAACAGUGACUCUAGGCAUGAUGUAAACUAAGGUCUCCUCUUGAUGACACCUUCAGAGUGGCACUCGGCAUUUGUAAAUGCCAGCAAAGGCAUGGAGUUGGGAAGAUCGCCCAGUUCUAAUGAGAAAAACUGCCCAGCAGAGCCCAUAUCCAAUAUGGACUGAAAAUAGAAUGAAACCACAGAGCCGACGUUCAGUGACUUCUUGAGUUCUGUAGUUGGAAAUAGUGUUUUCCAAUGUGCUUAGAGUACAGUACAAUUGAGUUUAAAUUCUAUGUCGAAUAGAGAGUCAUUUAAAAACAAGUGCACUGAGUCUAUUCAUUUAAACUUUUACAAAAAGUAAAAGUGCUUAAUUUAUAUUGAGCUCUAGAACACAAACCUCUUUUAUAAGAAAAAAAAAGCAGUCACUUAAAACAAGUUGUGUAGCAUAACAGUGAUUAGUUAUGAAACCAUAACUAAUGUAUGUGUGAUGCCCAGAGGCUUAAUAAACCAUAAGAACAUAGAUAGAAAACCCAAAAAGACUAAAAUCACCUUUGCUGAGCAGUUGUUUAAUGCUGGGGCUUCCAGAUGUUACAUUACACUAAAGUAGGAGACUCCUCAAUGCUUUGGUAUAAGGUUCUUUUAAAACCCCAAGAUAGGAGUGUUUAUUUUUGAAUUUUCUAAAUAUGUUACAUGUUACUAUUGAAAAAGCAGUCUCCUGAGCUAGUUUUAGAUUUACUAAGAACACACUGAUUUCGAGCAAGGCAUCUCAGAAUUUAAAAAGAAACCAAGAAAUGUAAUUUAAAGAAUCUAUACUUUGAAAACUUAACCCAACAGAAAGAUACAACUGUAUGUACUUCUGUGUUACUGAAAUAAUCCCUACGGGCCUUGAACUCUGCUGUAAUUAAGUCCCAGAUGCUCCAUUUCUAAGAUAAAUAACAAUGAAUGAAUGUAUAGUAUCUUCAUGUGUAAACUACUGCUGUAACUGCUGAUCCUACCGCCCCAAAGCCAUUUCUCUCCUUGAUUGAAUACCAUAAGAACCAGAACCUGUCAAUACUCCAAAAGACCUAGACUCUGCUCUCCUCAAAACACAAAAAGCCAACAGAGAAAUUAAGUGUUUUGGGUUGGAUUAUUAAAAAAGUAUUUCUGAGGAAUUAUCUUAGGGCCAGGUUCAGCUUACCUUUCAGCUUUCCAGUCCUAUGUAUAAGAUCCUAAGGCAUAGGGGAUGGACAUGAGGUUGCCACGGUCAUCCUUGGCUGGAAGAAAGGUGGACAGGAAAUGAGAAGAAAGAAGGUGUGUUUUCCAUUCUCACUGUCUCUCGCCUGCUGCAGAAGUAAUGGCUUCCUCCUGCUCUUCUUCCCCCAUCAGAACUCAGGUGUUUCUUGCUCAGUUAACAUGGUGCCCAACUCCAGCACACUCCCGCUCAGCAGCCCUACUCCUAACUCCAUGUCUUUGGAAAUAAAAUUCAAUCGAUACAUUUAGAUUCAUAUUUGACACCAGGGACUGAACUUUGUACACUGAGCUCUACGUGUACAUAUUUAAACUACAAAUGUUGCUAAGCCAAAAGGACAAAACAGAAAUGAGGUCAUUUUGAACUUUUAAGGAGAGUAACAGCAGUCUGGCCAGAUAAAAAGGUGCCAAAACCAUUUGACGACCAGUUUUUAAAGUACGUUAUUCCUGGUUAGUAGUAAAUAUUUAAGGAACCAGAUAUCUCUUCUCUACUAUCAUAACUGAGUCUGUGUGUGUGUGUAAUCAUUUGCAUACACAUACAUAUACCAUUUAAACACAGAGCAACUGAAGAAUAACAAAUGACAAAACUUACUAAGAUAGGAAAAAAAUAAGCACACAAAAGCAAGACCAA